AUGCAAAAUGCGAUCGAGUUGCAAGCUAAAAUAAACAUUGACGUGACGUUAAAGCCGGCGGUGCGCGAGAUUUUAAUGGCCGCGGCUAAGCCCGAGUUCUACGAGCGGUGUAUGAUUCUAUGCAAAAUGGACAGGGUCGAUGCCAUCAAAGUGAUAAAGGGCGUCAAUCGGUACAUGUGCGAGACUAAGGCUAUUAAAUGGGAUGCUAUCGGACACAUGUUGGAAGCGUUGGAGCCCAAUUCAAAAAUGACACUUGGCCAUAUUUUG